UUUUGAUAACAAGUGCUGGAAAGUUAGUGAGGACGAAACGGAAGGAGGAAGAAUUUAACAUCAGUUGCAGAAGUGAAAUCUGCUGAAAAAUUCUCCAUUUUUUUUUUCAAUUUAUUGCAUCAGUAUGAAACCGGCAGUAAUUAUAAAUAAUGUACCAACGCCAAUCUGCGUACAAACGCCGCUUGCAGUCGCAACGCCCGAUGGCGGGCUGCUGUACACCGGCUUUAAAAGCAUCAAUUAUAUACCGGCUGUGGAUGCGAAGGAUCGAGAAGUGAAAACCAUGUCCACGCGCAUCACCAUAAGUGGACUUGAUGUCAGCCCUCUCUGGGGUAAACAAAACAAGUCAGAAAUAUUAUCAAAUGCUCAUGGCAAACAAUUUGCCAUUGUUGCCGAGGAUUGGAGCGUGUUCGUCUGGGAUUGUGAACUAGGCGUGGCUAUCAGCGGGCAUAAGGCACAUCAGCAUCAGCAUGAGGCACGCGAUGUACGCAUGUAUCCACAGUCGAAUGUGCUAAUGAGCUAUAUAUGCAAUGGCAACAUAUUAUCGGUGGAUGCCAACAGUUUGGUCAUCUACUGCGUCGCUUCCAACAGCUACUUCCGACGUCCCACCUUCUUAUCGCAACGUAAUCAUAAUUUAAGCGUGCUCCGCUGUUCGCCAUACAAUGAGCAUCUGUUUGCUGUGGGCACUACAGCUGGUUCAACUUUAAUCUGUAAUUUAAAUGAAAUGACCAUAGUGCAUAAGUUAAAUGGACAUGGCCGGAAUGCCAGCAUUUGUGGCCUGGCCUGGCGGGAAAUGUCCCUGCAACCAGAGCAGGAGCUGGAGCAUGAUCAAGAAGAAGCGGAAGCAGAGCCUGAGCAGUGGCGCAGUGCCAAGGCGCCGCUUCUGAAGUCAAAAGCAGCUGAGGCAGAUGAUCUGUUCGAUAUAUACAACUACGACCAUUUGGAAUCGGAGUUCGGGGCUCCGGCUAGCGUGCGUCCACGUUUGACAAGCAAAUCCUCAGAUGAUUGUGACAAUUUUGUCGGUCUCGAGAAGCCCGCCAACAAUGUGGGCCUCGAUUUCAUGGAGGCCUGUCAGACUAUGAAAGCGGAACUAGCAGCUCAUCGCCAGAGUCCCAAAGAUCAGCCUCAAGUGGAGGUUACACUGCAGGAUUGCCAGCAAACAGGAACAACUGGUCCUCGCAGCGAUAGCAGCCACAAUUCAGAAAAGGAUCAGCAACUUAUUCACAGCGCUAGCGAAGGCAGCCUGGAGGUUAUACAGUUUAGCUCGUCUAGCGAUGACGCUGUCAUAGUCGACGGCGAAGCUUCCAAGCCCAAGCGUGAGGUGCUGCAUCACAUUUACCAUCAAGCCGAGGUGCACGAUGCACCCGAAUCCCCACAGCUACAGCAGCUGCAAACCAACUCCCAACCACUGGCCAAGCAAGCCAGCAUAGAUACGUUGAGCUACUGCUCCACCGAGCUGCUGCCAGCUCGUCCAGACAUUGUCUUGGCUACCAUUAAUGACAACGAUGUUAUUAUGAUUUGGAAUACGCAAACGGGUGAAUAUUGCGCCAAAAACUAUAGCAAGACAAAUAUCUCAGCCAAAUCUAUGCAGCUGCACUGGCUCAACGAUCACACAAUUGUCUCCCUUAGCCGCCAUCGAUUGCAUUUCUGGGCUGUAAGCUAUGAAGCCAAAUCACGUCGCUACAACAUCAUCAGAGAUCAACUGCACAAGUGCUCCGAGCAGGAUAUUCUCUCAUGCGUGGCCAGCGCCGCAUAUCCGCAAAUCUGGUUAAAUAUGCGCAACCGUCGUGUGGUUCUAUUGAAUCCUCUUAAUGGACAAGUAAGCGCUGUCUUUAGCUGUCUAGCUUACGGCGUACGCGCCAUGGCCGAAUGCCCCAAUGAUAUGAAUAAAAUUGCUUUGGGCUGCUCGGACAAACGCAUUGCACUAUUCGACAUAUCCAAAUUGACCGAGCGCUGCAUACCCAUAAAGAGCGUGCAUGUGAACAGCGCCGUCUACUCCUUGUCUUGGAGUCCUGAUUGCCUGCAGCUAGCCUAUGGCACCUUCGAUGGCAUUGUGGGCAUACUGGAUGUGGAGCGCAUGCGAGUAGAGACAACGUUUCGUCCCGUGCAGAAGAAGGAGAUCUAUUCGUUGAUGUGGCAGAAUAACAUGAUUUACUUCAUAGUGAAUCGUGUGGUGGGCAUCUACGCGGCGCGACAACCAAAUGCAGAGGCCAUACUGCUGCGCUAUAUCGAGCGUCCCAGUUAUUUGAAUGUGCGUGGACCUUUGCUACUGGUUGGCACCGAUAAUGGUAGUCUUAAACUAUACCCUAGCUUACCUGACUGGGCGGUGGGUCAGUUGCCUUGGUCAGUCCUCUUAGCGCGCUAUGUCACAGAUAUAGCCUUCAGUCCGGUUGCGACCAAUGUGUUUGCUGUGGUGGGUCACGAUCGUUUGAUUCAUGUGCUGGAGUUGCACCCGCUCACGCGUGACUAUACCAAGCUGCACAAAUUUAUGGACACCGAUCCGAUGGCAUCCAUUACAUCGGUCAAGUGGAGCAAUUUGCAUGCACAUUUGUUGCUCAGCUUUCAUAUUGAGGGCAAGGUUUGCAUGUGGAGCACCAAGGAGCCGGAGCAGCCACCGCUAAUCAUCAAAUACGAAUGCCCCAUGUGGUGUGGCCUCUUUCUGCCCUCCGAUGAGCUAAUUAUUAUGUGCAGUGGCAAGACACUUUCACUCGAGCUGGUGAGCAUCAAAGAGGCUCUGGCUAACAAUGAAAAACAGAUACGCUCCAAGUUGGAUCCGCUGGGCAAGCUGCGUUGGGCUUACAAAUCCAAUACACAAUCCAAUCAACCCGCUUUAACCGCUGCCCAAAAGAAGCGUCAACGACGCGAAAAGCGUAGAGCCAAUCAAACAGCUGCAUGCAAUGAGCAGGCAGUCGAGCUGGAACAGGAACAGGAACAGCAGCAGCAGCAGCAGCCUCCAAUUGAAUCCAUGAUGGGAGCUCUAAGUCUGCAAACCAAAGGCACAAACACAAAUGCUGUCGAGUGCAAGAAAUGCAAACAGCUGGAAACUCAAACUUUGCCAAAUAGUUUUCUGUCUCAUAGCCGAACCUGCCUGUGCCUCGCUCAGAAGGAGCUUAACAAGAACGCUCUAGAGAAGCUGGCCAUAGUGCUCACAGAGGAUGCAGCCAAGAUAGACAAAGCGGUGCUCAUGUCAAAGCUGUUCAGCACCAAAGUUAUGGCCAAGGAGCUAAUUGCUACAGAGCUUAACAAUCUGAAGCAGUCCAACAACAAGGAUAUUGCUCCACUUAAUCUGGCUGUUACGACAUUUAAAUUACGCGAUGAACUGGAGCAACAUAUUGCGAACAAAACGUUAAGCGAGUGGCAUGUAUCCUUGGCGCCCGCUGUGUCCUAUGUCUUCUGGCAGAUUUGCUGCAAGGCCUAUGCCCAGCAAAUGGAGGAGCAGGGUUACAUUUUGCAUGCUGCGACAUAUAUGCUGGCUGUUGAUAUGCAAACAGAGGCCAUUGAAAUGCUGCUGAAGCAUGAGUAUUUCAAGGAGGCAUUGAUAAAUGCGCGCAUCCAUCUGGCCGCAACAGAUCCCAUCAUUAAGAUAAUUAUAAACAAAUGGCUGGAACAGCUGGAGAAGACAGGCAACUAUGCCGCAGCGGCACUUAUCUGCGUCUUGGACAAUGAAAUGCUGCGUGGCUAUUUGUUCUUGCGCAAAUUCCGCAAUUGCACCGCUGAAAUAGCCGAUCUAAUGGAGCAGAUCAAACGCAUCGGCCAGCUGCCGCCCAUGUUCGAUGAGGACCCAACGGGCAAAGCGGAGCCAGUCGAGGAUGCUGAGGAGGCAGGCUGAGCUCACAUUUAGCCUAAUACAAACACCUACCAUCAACUGUUUAUUGAAGACAUGGCUCAUAUUUCUUCAAGCUUUUAUUAACCAAACUAAUUGAUCAAUCAAUUAUUUUUACCAAAAAUGUUUUCCAAAUGGAAACCCCAAACAUGAAUUUAUACGAAUCACAAUUCAAAAUGUCCAAGGCAAACAAACACACAGAAAAACGCAGUUAUAAAAAGAAAUAUUUGAA